AAUCAACGAAUUUUCAUAUUUGUGCGUGCGUUAUGUAUUGUUGUCAGUAAGGCCGCCUGUCGGGCGGCUCAUGGGAAUAAAAGUGGAGCUCCGAUGUCCGCGCCGAUGACACUCAGAAUUGGUUAUCGAAUGUGAGUCAACCACCAACAAAAAGCAGCAAAGGAAGAGAAUACAGAAGCGCAAAAAAACAGUUCGCACAAAAGAUUUAACAAACGAUAAGCUUAUAGAGAAGCCCGUCGACACACACGCAGCCUGGCAUUUAAGAACAGCGCCAAAUGCAAAUGCAUUUCUUUGUCUGCAGUUUGCUAGAAUAAUCUAAGUUCCGAGUGAUUUUUUGAAAACGAGUGCACGACGCAGUGCCAGCCAAAUAAAUUCCGAAAAAUGUCAACAACUCCAAAUUCGAAUAGUAGUGGUAGCAACAACAGCAACAACAACAAUAGCAACAGUAAUAAGCAAAAGCAACAACAGCAACAACAACAACAACACGACACAUACAGCGACAGCAGCAGCAUCGAGGAGAAUCUUGAGGCUGCCGAGGAGCGCAGACGGCGCAUUCUAAAGAAUCGCAGUCGCAGCAGCACCUACAUGCAACGGCAGCAGCAGCAGCAGCACAGCGCCAUGAGCGUCAGCAGCGGCGCCAUCUCCAAGCAUGACAAAUCCAUGACGCCCACCACGAGCAGCGCUGCCGCUGCCGCUGCCGCAGCUGCAGCGGCUGCUGCUGCUGCUGCGCGUCUGGGUCCGCCCGAGCGCAUUUGCAUGCUGGUGGACGGCGUGCGUUUUACCGUCGAGCAAACACUGCUCACAGCCCAUCCGAAUACCAUGCUGGGGACCAUGUUCGGCACCGGGUUUCAGUGUGUGCAUCCGAAUGAGCGCGGCGAAUACGAACUGGCCGAUGGCAUCUCCCAUUUGGUGUUUCGCUCCAUACUCGAAUACUACAAGAGCGGUGUUAUACGCUGCCCGCCAACCGUAUCGGUGCCGGAGCUGAAGGAGGCCUGCGACUAUCUGCUGAUACCCUUCGACGCGACCACUGUGCGCUGCCAGAAUCUAAGAGGCCUGCUCCAUGAGCUGAGCAACGAGGGUGCCCGCCAACAGUUCGAGGUCUUUCUGGAGGAUCUGAUAUUGCCGCUCAUGGUCGCCUCAGCGCAGCGCGGCGAUCGCGAAUGCCAUGUCGUUGUGCUGCUCGACGACGACAUGGUCGACUGGGAUGAAGAGUUCCCCCCGCAAAUGGGCGAGGAGUAUUGCCAGACUGUGCAUAGCACGGCGAUGCAUCGUUUCUUCAAGUACAUUGAGAAUCGCGAUGUGGCCAAGCAGGUGAUGAAGGAUCGUGGUCUGAAGAAGAUACGCUGCGGCAUAGAGGGCUAUCCCACACACAAGGAGAAGAUACGCCGCAGGCCCGGCGGCCGUGCUGAGGUCAUUUACAGCUAUGUUCAGCGUCCGUUCAUACAUAUGUCCUGGGAGAAGGAGGAGGCCAAGAGUCGUCAUGUCGAUUUCCAGUGUGUCAAGUCCAAGUCUGUUACGAAUCUCGCCGAGGCGAAUGCCGAUCCGCCGCUCGAAUUAGAUGCAAGUGGCAAUCCCAUACCACCGCCCGCCGUAGCCGUGGUCAAUGCUCAAGCACACAAUGUUGAUCUGGGUGCACCGGCCAUGGGCAUGGUUAACAUUGGCGUUCCCGCCGACGUUGUGGCCGCCGUUGUUGCGGUCGAUGAAGCCGCCGGCGGCGUCGUCAUGUUAAACGAACUGGAGCUUGCGGCCGCAGCGGUUGCUGCGCCGGGCAUUGUUGAUGAACAUGUGUAGAGAUCGCCCCAAGGGCUGGAUAUAUACACUGCCAUCUCCUUAGCUGCACGCACCCAGAAUAACGCUUUGUACGUUUUAAAUCCAAAAUUUUGUAUACACUAUCAAAAAUAAAACACAAACCUAAAUAUACCCUACCAAGGAAA